ACUUGAGCUUGCCCACUCGCAGCGAGAGCAGUGUGAAGAGCCCAAGCCGGAACAGGCUAACGAACACGGAGGAACAGAGGAAAGGGAAUGACUCUGUUGGUCAGAGAAGAAUCUCUCCGGUUCAUUCCCCAAAAUUAGGUUCAAGAAGGAAUGUACCCCAUCAGCAAGUGACGAAUAGAUCGCCGAGAAUGAGAAAACCGGUGGCUGAGACUUACGAGAAGGAUAAGGAGUUGAGUAUAGCAGAGGAUGAAUCAUCCACCAUCUCGGAGAGCAGCAUUAGCACGUCUUCGCAGACAGAUACAGAGAGAUGCAAGUUGGAGGAGUACAAGGAAGGGAGAAAUCUAUUGGAGAGGUGUGAUAAGCUGCUGCACAGCAUAGCCGAAAUAACUGCGAGCGAGUUGCAGCCGAGCCCAGUCUCAGUGCUGGACUCGUCUUUUGACAAGGACGAGUGUUCAUCACCAUCUCCAGUCAUGAAGCGGUGCAUUGAUUACAGAGAACAACCCGCCGAGUCAGAGGACGACAUGUGGAGUGCAGCCAUGGGUUUCAUGGGAGGAGCCAAAUCGGAGGAGACAUCCGAGGAUUACGACUUCGUUUAUGUGUCGGAAAUCCUGCGAGCUUCCAAUUACUUGCCCGAAGACAGCGACAUUUUCCUAUUACUGGAAAAGCAGCAGUAUCUCAAGGGGAAUGACACCUCCAAAGCUUCCACCCUCCAAAGAAGACUCAUCUUCGACACCAUACACGAAAUCCUGAAGCGGAAUAAACAACUUCCGCCGUGGAAGGCAAUUUCGUGGAUUGGGCAGACACCGUUGUUGCAGAGAAUAUGGUCAGAGUUCCGGCGGAUCCGAAGAGAGAAGGAGGAAUCAGAGGACUUGUUCGACGUAAUAUGCGGCGUGCUAAGGAAGGAUCUGGCGGAGGACGGCAUGAAUGGAUGGGGAGAAUGCCCAGUGGAGAUGGGCGAGGUGGUUCUAGACAUCGAACGUCUCGUGUUCAAGGAUCUCAUCGGCGAAACCAUACGAGAUCUCGCCCAAUCAUCUAACAGGCUCUCCGCCCUUCGUAGGAAAUUGGUGUUUUGAAAUCGGAUUAGGAAUG